AUGGCACCUGGUCGUCGCACCACUCGAUCUACUGCUCAAAGUCAACAAGUUGAACCAGUCAUUGAUCCUCCUGCUCCACCUUCACAAGUUGUUCGCACUACUCGGUUGAGAAUAGAGAAUCAACAAGUUGAACCAAUCAUUGAUCCUCCUGCUCCACCUUCACAAGUUGUUCGCACUACUCGGUUGAGAAUAGAGAAUCAACAAGUUGAACCAGUCAUUGAUCCUUCUGCUCCACCUACACAAGUUAUUCGCACUACUCGGUCGAGUUUAGAGAAUCAACAAGUUUGUCGCACCACUCGAUCUACGGUACUCAGUCAACGACCUAGAACCACCGCACAAUCUAAUGUAGAGAGAGAACACCCUCAAGGCUCCACACACCCCACUGUACAGGGUGAACAAGUCAAUGUGACGACCCAUUUUGAUACCGAAGAUGAUAAUCAAUCUUCCCAAGUUCCAUCAGGACAAACAUCUUCCUUUAAGCCACGUGGAGUUACUCGCGGCUUGACAACUACAACUAUAGCUAAGGCAUCAUCAACUGGAAAGUUGUCAGUGACUUUUAAUGCGGAGUGUCGUCAACCAAUUUGUACUAAUGCUGAGAAAUUUAAUAAUGAGAUUGGAUUCAUUAUUCGGAAUCAUGGUACAUUUCAUUAUAAAGAGUGGAGAAUGGUCCCAGAAGAUGUGAGAGCUCCAUUGCGACACUAUCUUUUGGAACAUUUUGACAUCAACUUGAAUGAUGAGACAACUAAAAAAUGCAUUGAUGAGCAAAUGAGAAAAGCUUGGAAGGGUCAUAAGUACAAGCUGCACUUAUAUUUCAAAGAAAUUGGAGGAGAAAAUGAUCUUGAGAUGGCCAAGAGCAAACGUCAUCCAGACUUAAAAGAAGAACAUCAAGAAGAUUGGAUGAUUUUGUGUGAUCGUUGGGGUUCUCCUGAAUUUAAGGAAAGAGCAUUAAAGAAUACUACCAAUCGAUCAAAGAGGAAAUGGGAGUCGAAAAAUGGUUCAGUCUCCACACCACGACAUCACAUUCGACGUGGAAUGGUGUUAACUUCUCCUACCGGUCAAAUUGAGACAUGGCGUCUAAAGCAUUAUGAUGCUGAGAAAGGAUGGACUGGAAUAGAGCUCGGGCCAUUAUAUGAUAAAAUGAUGGAGUUAAGGGGUCAACAUCCUCCAGAAGAACUGUCUGAUAAAGAGAUUAUGGAGCGUGUACUUGGACGUGAUUCGGUAUACUUGCGAGGGUGGGGGCGGUCUCCUAGUGUCACAACUUCUACUUCACAUCGUGAAAAUAUUGUGGGUAAUCAACCAACUUAUGAAGAGUUACUUGAACGACUUAAUGAUACAACUUCCCGCCUUAAUGCUACUAGCGAACAACUUAGUGUAGUUGUGGAUAUACUUCGUCAUAACAAUUUGAUGGCACCGCCUCCACCACCUCCAACAGACCAAGCUUCAGAUGCAAAUUUAAGAGAGUCGCCAUCUAUUUUAGUUCGGGAGUCACAAGAUGAUUCUUAGUUUAUUUACAUUAAUUUUACUAAGGAAUGAACUUUAUGAAGUUUUUUUUAUUUUGGUAGGGGUAACCUUAAAAUGAUAACUUUAUAACUUAUUUUAGUAUUGAACAUUAUAAAGAAUUUUAGCAUUAAAUAUUUUA